CGCGUUCUCUCCAUGGUCACAUGUUUUUGUUACUCUAUGUCCGCCGAACCCCGCGCGACCUUUUUUCCCUCCGGGUUGACGACGAAGACGGAAGUGGAAGGAAACAGGGUCACCUGACGAAGGAAACCCGGAAGCGGAAGUGGCGCGCGAGAGACAGGGAGAGAGACGGGCAGGCAAACCCGCCCUCCUGGAAGGGACCCAAGGCCGGGAUGGUCACGAAGCCAGUGGAACCAACAAUAUCCCAGUCCUGGCACUGGAUGUGUGGUCAACCAGCCCCACCUGGGCAGUCAUGAACGGAAGCGCAGUGCCCCUGUCACCUGUAGGGGGAGGGAUGGUGGGGGAGCCUACUUCUCUCUCCUCACCGGGCUGGAGGGAAUUCUGCGAGGUGCACGCUCGUGCUGCAGCUGUGGACUUUGCUCGCCGCUUCCGGGCCUUUCUGGGGGAAAACCCACAGUUUGCCACACCUGGAGCUGAAGCCGCUUUCUCACGCCGCUUUGCUGAGCACUUCCUGGAGCAUUUUGAGGCAGAAGUAAGCCGGGCCUAUGCCAGUGAUUCGCCACCGCGAUGUGACAUUGCCCCGUUCACAGGUUGUUCCUCUGUUCGUGACCUCUCUGAGACUUGCAGUGACUCUUCAGUUGCCUCUCCCGUGGAGCCUCCCUUGGGGCCACCGUCUGGCCUCUCCAGCAGCCAGUCCCGCAGCUCUGAAGAUGUUUCUACCAUGGUGGCAGUCACUGCCACCAAACCAAAGUUGAAAAAGCGUUUCUCUUUGCGCAAUGUGAGCCGCAGUGUCCGGGGGAGUGUCCGUGGCAUCCUGCAGUGGAAGACCUCGACUGACUCAUCUCCGGGUGGUGGAGGAGAUGGGGCAGCCACAGGAGCCAACAGUAAUUCAAACUCUUCAGCAGGCGGUGACUCUGAUCGUUGGACUCAUCGGUUUGAGCGCUUGCGGCUUAAUAAAGCCUCCCCAGCCACCCUCCACAUGGAACUGGCUAGUGUGCGGCGUGAAGGCCUACUGAACUACAUUGUAGCUGAUGAUGGGUCGGGUGGGGGUAGCCGGACACGCUGGCAGAAAUGCCGUCUUCUCCUGCGCAAAGCAGGGAAAGGGGAGGGGGAGGGGUACCUUUUGGAGUUCUACAUCCCACCAAAGGCAUCAAAACCACGGGUCAGCAUCGCCUGUUCCUGCGUAGUGGAUGUGCGGACAACAACCCCCCUGGAAAUGCCAGACAAAGAAAACACCUUUGUACUCAAGCUAUCAAGCUCCUUGGAGUACAUCCUUGAGACGGUUGACUCGCUGCAGAUGCGUUCAUGGCUAGCAGAUAUUCAGGAAUGCAUGGGCUUAGGUGAGAGCACUGACAGUCUGGAGCAGCCAUGCAUGAACCACUCGGAGAGCAUGCCCAGCCGGGAGCUUCCUAUGGUGCCGAGUGAAAGCAAUGAACAGCUCAGCCAAGGUGCCUACGGUGGACUGAUGGAACGCCCCUCAGCAUCCAUGUCCCCCAGCUCAGUCUCUAUUGCUGCCUCGCACUUUGAUUCAAUGGAGCUGCUGCCUCCAGAGCUGCCACCUCGGGUGCCGAUUGACGAAGGCCCAUUUCCUGCUGGCCUCCUCCACACAACCUUCCCAGAAACCCCUGAUACAUCAGGGUCCUUCCUCUUCCAAGGGGAACCUGAUCCCGGUGGGGGAAGUCUUGGUGACACAGAGCAUCACCUCUCUGAAUUUCCUUGGUUCCAUGGCACCCUGUCCCGUCUCAAAGCAGCCCAGCUGGUGUUGGCAGGGGGUACCAGCAGCCACGGCGUUUUCUUAGUGCGUCAGAGCGAGACACGGCGAGGCGAAUAUGUCCUGACCUUUAACUUCCAGGGGAAAGCCAAGCACCUGCGCCUCUCCCUUAAUGAGGAUGGGCAAUGCCGGGUUCAACAUCUCUGGUUCCAGACGAUCUUCGACAUGCUGGAGCACUUCCGGGUCCAUCCCAUCCCUCUUGAGUCAGGCGGCUCCAGCGAUGUGACGCUUGUCAGCUAUGUGGUGGCUUCGCAAAGGCUGCAUGAACCGAACACCUCUCGUAACCUGCCGCCUCCGCCACCUCCGCUUCCCCCAGCCCGGCCACCCCAUGUACCCCCAGACCAUAGACUGCCAGAGGCCGAGGGGCAGGUGGAGGAGGAGGGCAGCCGGGCGGUGCCAGAGGUGGACGAGGGAGCAGCCCCAAGAGGAGGGGGAUCCCUUCCCUUGCCAGAGGAGCCAGAAGGACGAGCCAGGGCUGUGAACAACCAAUACUCCUUUGUCUGAGACUCAAAUCGAGACGAGAGAAAGGAAACAGCCUUCAUUACACCCAUCGCUGGACGGAGUUCAGGCCCUGACUGUGGGUACAAGAUGGGCUCAAAUGUCUAAUAGCUCUAGACUUUUCCUCCAAUGAUCUGUGAUGGCGGGGACUGGCCUUACCCCCCCCCUUUCCAUCUCUCCUUCCUUCUCGUCUUUUGCUCCCAACUUGCAAGAGCUUGGUACGCACUACAGCCAUGUUUUCAUUGUUAAGGAAUGAACUCCCUCUUUCCUCCAUCCCACGGCCUUCAGCCCAAAAACUUGCAGCUGGGCAAGAGUAUUCUCUUAUCGUAAACACUACACAGAAGAAGUGGUGGUGGUGGAGGGGGUGAUCUUCCCACCCCACCCCCUGAUUAAAUGUGGACUCUGGACAAAGUCUUCUAUACCCCUGCUCUUUUUCUGAAUGUAUGGAGUCUCCGAAUGUAAUGCCUGCUCCCUUCCCAUCUCUCCCUUGAGGUGGGGGGAGGGGAUGGUGAACUCCUCCUUCUCUGCCCAGAAGUAUAUUUAUAAUUCUUUUUGUCACUCCCCUCUAUAAUCCCUGAGCUUGGGGACUGGCCACACAUUGUAGUCUCCACCACCCAGCUAAAUUAAAAGUGUUAUGAACAUAUACUUUCACAGAUAACUGACCCCUUCCUUCCCCCCCCACUGCACCUUUUUCCUUCACCACAACUUAAGAUUUAUUUUUUUACUGUGGACUAGUUGGACUGGUCAGACCCACUUUUGUCUCUUCAGUUCUCUCAUCUUUUUUUUAAUUUACUCUGAGGUACCAUUCAUCUGUGUCCUUUUUUAUGUUUAUUUUUGGGAGUUUGUAUAAAAAUAAAGGAAACAUCAUUUUACCUUUUAAAA